UCAAGGGGAGAGGAGUGGGUGAGUGAGAGUGAAAAGAGAGAAAUUGCCGUCAGUCACAGUUUCACCUCGCUCGCACGAAGGCGAACACCCGAGAGAGGGUGGGAGAGCGGAGGACGCUGAAGGCCCCAUCCCUGGCGACAAGUUCUUUCGAACCCGCCAGAGGGUUUUGGAGAGGGAGAGAUAAUUACACUGCGGGACACAAGUGUUGCCUCAUUCAUGGGAUUGCAGGAGGUGUGAGAGGAGAGAGCGGGAUCAAGAAAGAGAACGGAGAAUAUUUUGAGCAUGUAAAUGGCAGCUUGCUCAAACUGUCGCAGUCGAGGGGUCUUAAGACCCCCACAACGACUCUUUUGCUCCUGUCUUCUAUGGCAGAAAGGCUCCUCCUGUUUCCGCAUUUGCUGGAUAUCUGUUGAGCGCAAGCAUCAGGAAGACGAAUCUUAAAGAACAAAAUACUUUUAGACAGAGAAAAGAGCCCCGCCUUGGCCCAUUCGCUGUCUUUUAUUUUGCGCUCGCCGCCGGCUUGGCUGCAAGAGAUCUUCAGUUCCAUCAAAUUGCCUAAUAGUAAUAUCUGAUUCUCCCAAAUCUCCUCCUCCUUGACUUCCUGGCGGGUGGGUCGUUGAAAGGAGGAGAUCAGGAGGACGCCCGCCGCUGAUACGUGCACACCGCGUUUCAGCUCCGCUGCUGCUGGGAAGAGUAGCUUGGCGAGGGGUCUUAAGACGCCCACAACUACUCUUUUGCUCCUAUAUAUAUAUAGCUUGCGGCGAACUGAGGAGGAGAGCGAAAGGGAGGCCAGGGGGACUUUUGCGUUUCAGGCUCCGCUGCAGUGUUCUAUAUAUAGCUUGCGUUCUGAGGGGAGCGAAGGAAUGGUCGGUGUUGCCCGGGCCAGAGACAACAGGACGGAUAUGGCGGCUGAAAAUCAUCAUCAUGACGAUUCGUACGUCAGCAUUCCAACCUCUGUGGAGGAGCCAGGGACUCCGCAGUCCAUCGAUGUGAUCAAGAUGACAGUCGGCAGCGAUCCAUACGUUAACGUCGUAGGUGUCGGCUCCAAUACCGUUAUAGGAGUGGGUUGUAUAUAUGGAGGCGUGUCACGGGCCGCAUCGAGUAGCCAUUCGGAUUCGUUUCCUGUCUCUCCUGUGCUGUCUGGAUCAUUCUCUGAAGAUUGCACCCAGCCUCUCCUUGAGCAACGUUUCCCAACGUUGCCUUCUUUCUCCAGGAAUGGCGUUAAUGGGGUUAUUAACGGGGUUAAUGGGGUUAAUGGGGGGGUUGAUUGGGUUAGUGAUGUCGAUGAGCAAAUAUGCUGUGCAACAAGCUUCUUUCGGUACUUGAGGGAUGUGUUCUGCUCCAUGCUUCUGGGAUCCAAGCUGAACGUUUUGCUGCUGUUUCUACCAGUAGCGUUCUACGCGAAUGCCAAGCAAAUGGACAGAGGGUGGAUUUUCGCCUUCUCGUUGCUUCCGCUGGCUCCACUUGCAGAGCGCCUCAGCUUCAUCACUGAGCAGAUUGCCUUGUCGACAAAUCCUAUGGUGGGUGGCCUGCUGAAUGCCACUUUCAGCAAUGCCCCAGAGUUAAUCUUGAGCAUCGUUGCACUGAAGGCCGGGCUCUUUCGUGUCGUGCAGCUGUCGUUACUCGGUUCAGUGCUGGGCAACAUGUUACUUUGUCUGGGGUCUGCAUUCUUUGCCGGCGGAAUCAUGCACAAGGAACAGAAAUUCAAUGGAACCGCAUGCAUGACAAACACAGGGUUGUUGAUGCUAGGUGCCUUGAGCACAUUGUUUCCCCAUGUGUUGCACGCAACGCACACGGAAGCGGAGAUGGACGUCUCGGAACUUCAGCUGUCUCGAGUAUGUGCGGUGGUCAUGCUUAUUGGGUACCUCAGCUACAUCACCUUUCAGCUCAUCACCCAUGUCGACCUCUAUAACGAUGAAGAGGACGGGGAGGAAGCGACCAUUGGUCUGUGGGGCUCUCUUCCCUGGCUGGCGCUGAUCACAGGAUGCAUAUCUGUCCUGUCCGACCUCCUGGUUGACACAAUGGCGGCUGCGGCGAAGUCGUGGGGAGUUCCCGCCGCAUACUUGUGCGUAAUUCUCUUGCCAAUCUUCAAUAAUGUGGCAGAGCAUGGGUCUGCUGUACUGUUUGGGGUGAAGAACAAGCUUGACUUGGCGCUUGGAAUUGCGGUUGGCUCAUCGAUUCAGAUCUGGAUGUUCUUGAUGCCAUUGUGUGUUGUGGCGGGUUGGAUCUGCGGUAAGCCGAUGGAUCUUAACUUCCACAACUUUGAGUCUACAAUCUUAUUUGCGGUCAUACUCGUGUGUGCGAUUAUGCUCAGUGACGGCAAGUCCAAUUGGCUGAAAGGUCUUGUCCUCAUCCUCUGCUACAGCAUCGUUGCCGCUGCGUUCUUUUUCCACACAGACAAGUAUCUGAUCACUAAGCCAAUCCAUGUGGGUCUACUUGGUCAGCUGAAGCUCGAUCUGUGAGCUUAGAGCCUGCCUUCAUCGUUUCUCGCCUUCUGCUGCAAAGUGCGUGUGCACUGAACUUAACUUGGGACAAGCUUCUUUCUUUGUUGUCGUCCGCGUCAAAGUGGACGAACUUGGGGAGAGCCUUCGUCGUUCCUCAUCUUUCGCUGCAAAGUGAGUAAUUUCGGGAGAAGCUUCUUCCUUUCUCGUCUCCCGCUUCUUCCUUUCUCGCCUUCUGCUGCAAAGCGGGUGAACUUAACUUGGGACAAGCUUCUUUCUUUGUUGUCGACCGCGCCAAAGUGGACGAACUUGGGAAGAGCCUUCGUCGUUCCUCCUCUUUCGCCGCAAAGUGAGUGAUUUCGGGAGAAGCUUUUUCCUUUCUCGUCUCCUGCUGCUUGUAGUAUUCGGAUGCGAAAUGGACAAGGGUACAUUUCGUUGGCCAGGAGGGGGGGGGUUGCUGCCAAGUGUUGUGCUGCUCCCUCUCACAGCUGGGCUUUGAUGAAGGGGAAGCUAGAGUGCUGUUGUAAAGAAGGACAGGGAAAGUAGAAGCCAUGAGGGUAUAGGAGAAGAGACAGUAGACACUACGAUGGGGGGGUUUCUAUUUUUAGCAUGCAGAACACGAUCGCUGUUGCCUCGGCUCUCGGCUAUUUUUUCUGUACUGUACAAUGAGUGGUAGUUUGGCUUUUUUUUCUGUACUUUUGGUGCUUACAAGGAGAUGGCUCUUCGAUGGAAAUAGGACUUGGCUUGCAGAUGCCCGUGCCGGAUAUUCCAGAAGCUUCUCGAAAGGAUCGAUCACUCACAGAGAGAAUGUGGUGACUUGCUGGCAUAUAUCAACACCCUUUUAUGAGAUCCAGAGAGCAGUGGGCUUCAAGGUAUCCUAGAAAGCCAGCCUUAGGAGAGAGGAAGUAAGUUCCCCUCAGCACGAGGUUACAUGUCGCGUGCCCGAGUGCAUUGUGCUAAGCAAUUGCCGCAAAAUUCAUGUGAAUGGUGUCUUUUUAAAUGGCAGAGUAACGGGAUCUCUGAGGCUGUCAAUCCCAACAAACACGGAUGUUCGCUUCUUCUUCCUUCCACUGCUUCGCACAGGAUGUCGUUGCUCGAAGCAACGAUGCUAGUUGCUCCAGCCAUCGAUCCUUUCCCUGUUGCUUUGCACGGGACGUCGUCGCUCGAAGCAAGCGAUGUUUUCUUUCUCCUACUUUUUGGUUGCCCUGGGCAUGUUCUGCAGCCCCAGUUUUGCACCAAGUGUAGUAGCCCGACAACGUACUCGAGACUCGUCUUCAGGGUUACGGUUAUGGUCUAUCGUUUCAAGUUGUCGAGGGAACGCACCUGCUAACAAGGACUGCUGGUUGAUUGUGGUUAGACGGGGGAGUUGAGCAGAAGAGUUGACGAAGUUGCUCGCGGCAGAUAGGCACUCGAAGGUGUGUUGCGGCUGAUAAAUGCCACCUUCACCAGAAAGAGCAGUGCACUCCCUCAGGAGUACGAGCUGUUUUGUUGACGUAACUUUCUGUUCGUUAAGGUAACAUGUUGUUCGUCGUUGUAAAUCAGAACCUGGGAGGAGUUUUCGCUGUUUGUUUUCGACUAACAAGCAGCUCGAUCCAGAUGUCGCGGCCCUCUUUGAUCACUUUUUCAUACUCUAUGGCAUGUGAGAAGAGGACUGACAAACAGACACAGAAGCGCAGAGAUGAUGGUGUGCCAUAGCAUACAACUUCUCCUCCAAGUUGCCUUACCGUUAAACAAACGGCAAGUGAGACG